AUGGGGCAGUGCUUGUCCAGCUCCAACGCGGAACCCCCGCAGAGUCACGCGAGGACUGCGAAACCUGCUACGCCCCCCAUCCCCAGCGAUGUCGUGAACCGCGCGACAUACCCAGAGACUACAUCCAGCACAGAUCAGGGCCUCGCCCAGCUGAUCGUGCAGACUGCGGGGUGGAGGUCCCAGACUCAGGACACGGUGCGCACUUUGGUCCACCAGACACGCGAGCACCUCUUCCUCGCCGUGUUCCAGGGGAUAGGCCUCCAUGCCGAGGCGGUGGUCUCCUUCCUCCACGGUCGGGCGUACCAGGUGUUCACCGAGCAAGCUGGAGCCGCGACCUCCCUGCAAGAUGCCCUGAGGGGCACGCUGCUGGCUCUGGAGGCCGCUCUGCUUACAGCACCGGCCCUGCCGCAUGCGCUCGAUCUUAACCGCCCCAUGUCCUCCUCCCAGGCACGGCUCUCCAGCGGCGCCAGCGCAUGCCUGGCGGUGGUGGACCUUCCAGCCUGCAGCGCCCACGUGUGCAGUGUGGGCGACUCGCGCUGCCUGCUGGCGCGGACCGCCGGAAACUUCAACUCCGUGGCGCCGGCCGGCCGCUUCCUGGGCGAGGAGCAUGCGCUGAGGAACCCGGAGGAAAGGGCGGGCCUGGAAGGUUGCAUGGUCUGUGACGGCCGCACCCCGGGGCUACACCUCACCCGCGCCCUGGGCUUCGCCGGCCUCAAAGGUCCCCAGGGCCGCCUGCGCUGCGACCCCGAGCUCUGCUCCGUCAGGCUGAGCCCGGCGGACUCUGCCCUCGUCCUCGCGCCUGCCCCCUUCUGGGACCAGGUGUCGCCCGGCGCGGCCUGCCUGCGCCACCGCUUCUACGAUCGCCACGCGCGCCUGCAGCAGGGCGCGGAUCGCGCCCGGGCCCUGGCCCAGGCCGGGGCAGGCGCGGGUGCGGGUGGGUCCGGGCUGGACGCCGCCGCGCCGGGACGGGGCGCUGAUGCCUUCAACGCUGCCGCCCACCUUGUCCUCUAUGCCAUGGCCCGCGCGGGGGCGGAGGGCGGGCGCGACCUGGGCAUCGCCGACCUCGCGCGCCUGCCCUUUGGCGGAGGGAAGGACGAGGAGGGUGGUGGCGGCGACCUGCCUGCGGCUGAGUCGGGGGCGGCGUCGCCGGCGCCGAUUGCGGCGACGGGAGGCCAACCCGCCGCCGCAAGCCCUGCACCGUGCCUGACGCGGGAGUCGGUGGCAGGCAACCUGGGUGUGGCGUGUGUGACGCUGCGCUGGCACGGGCAGAGCGUGAGCGAGGCGACGCGCGCGGCGGCGGUGGCCGUGCGGCGCGCGGCGCAUGAGACGACGCUGCAGCGCGCCGCGCGCCGGCGCUGGGACGCGCUGCGCGCGCUGGUGGACUUCCAGCGCGCGCAGCGGCGCAGCGUGCGCGCCGCCUGGCACGACGCGGCGCGCGCCAUUUACGCCAGGGCCGCGGUCCGGGCGCGGGCGGUGCAGGAGGAGCUGUACGUCCAGCGCGGCGUCGUAGUGGACGUGUCCCCCAGCCUCAAGGUCCGGGAGCCGGGGACGGGGCGAGAGGUGCCCGCCGAGGAGGUGGGCAUCCGCGCCACUGUCAACUUCUGA